AUGAAGUUCUCUUUGAGCGCUGCUGUCCUCGCUUUCGCCGUCUCCGUGGCCGCCCUUCCCCAGCACGAUGUUAACGCUGCUGGCAAUGGUGUUGGCAACAAGGGCAACGCCAACGUCCGCUUCCCCGUUCCUGACGACAUAACCGUGAAGCAGGCUACCGAGAAGUGUGGUGACCAGGCUCAGCUCUCUUGCUGCAACAAGGCCACCUACGCCGGUGAUGUCACCGACAUCGACGAGGGUAUCCUCGCUGGUACCCUCAAGAACCUGAUCGGUGGUGGAUCUGGCUCCGAGGGUCUCGGUCUCUUCAACCAGUGCUCCAAGCUGGACCUCCAGAUCCCCAUCAUUGCUAUUGCCGUCCAGGAUCUGGUCAACCAGAAGUGCAAGCAGAACAUUGCCUGCUGCCAGAACUCUCCUUCCGAUGCCAGCGGUUCCCUCAUUGGCCUGGGUCUUCCUUGCAUUGCCCUCGGUUCUAUCCUGUAA